ACAGCUUCCUGUCGCCGCGAUCCGGGCCCUGGGCUGUGGGCGCCCGGGCGCCCAAGGCUUCCCGGUGCGCUCGGCCAGGAUGGCAUUAGGUCUGUGUCUGCAGGUGCUGUGCAGCCUGGGUGGCUGGCUCUCACUCUAUAUGUCUUUCUGCCGCCUGAAUAAGCACCGAAGCUAUGAGUGGAGCUGCCGGCUGGUGACCUUCACCCAUGGAGUCCUCUCUAUAGGCCUGUCUGCUUAUAUUGGCUUCAUUGAUGGCCCUUGGCCUUUUACCCACCCAGGCUCGCCGAACACACCUCUCCAAGUUCACAUUCUGUGUCUUACCUUGGGCUACUUCAUCUUCGACUUGGGCUGGUGCAUCUAUUUCCAGUCCGAGGGUGCCUUGAUGCUGGCUCACCACACACUGAGCAUCUUGGGGAUCAUCAUGGCCCUAGCACUUGGGGAGUCUGGCACAGAGGUCAACGCGGUCCUCUUUGGAAGUGAGAUCACCAACCCGUUGCUCCAGAUUCGUUGGUUUCUCCGUGAAACCGGGCACUACCACAGUUUCACUGGAGAUGUGGUGGACUUCCUCUUUGUGGCUCUGUUCACUGGUGUGAGGAUUGGUGUAGGCGCCCAUCUCCUUUUCUGCGAAAUGGUCUCACCCACACCCAAGUGGUUUGUGAAGGUUGGGGGAAUAGCAAUGUACGCUGUGUCUUGGUGCUUUAUGGUUAGCAUCUGGCGCUUUGCAUGGAAGAAGAGCAUCAAGAAGUACCAUGCGUGGCGGAGCAGGAGGAAUGAGGAGCGACAGCUAAGACACAAUGGGCAUCUCAAGGCACACUAGCCAAGGCUUGCUCCUGGUAAAUGGACUGGGUUGACUUGGCCAUGGGACUAGAGUCAGAAACAGAACUGAGCUUAUAGUGCUUAAGAACUGAGCUUGUAGGGUACUAGGUUUUGAAAAAGGGCUCAAUGUAUCCAUCGCCUUAGUCGGUUCUCAGGCUAAGCAUAUGCAGUGUUGAGACACUCACUCCUACAGUGGUACUUUCACAUCCUCACUGGUGACUGGCAAGUGGCAUUGUAUAGUGUGGACCGUUGCCACUUGUUUUGGGGCCCCCAUGUUCACGGGAGGCCUGAUGGAUAUUCAGACGGCUUUGGAAAGAACUUGAAUGAAAUCAGUGCUGUCUGUCUCUUAUUCCUUUGGAAAUGACUCCUGAGUUCCACGAGACAGACAGUUUAACCAUGUGCUAUAAAGGGAGGGACUCACAGGAAGGGACGUGCGUUUGACAUUCAGGCAUCUGUGAAUGGGAUCUGUUAUGUAAAGAGAGACAGAAGGAUGGGAGUGAAAUUAGCAAUGGCAGACACUUCCCACCAAGCCUCCCUGCACUGACUGUGUCAGAGGUCCCCAAGGACACCCUUGGGUUCCAUGAUUCAUCAAGAAGACUCAGGGCUUAGCAAAGAGUCUCACAGCUUUGACUUAUGAUAAUGAAAGGAUACAGGGAAGACUCAGCAAAGGGAAAAGGAACCUUUGUCAGAGCCUGUGGGAUCUAAGUAUGAGUUUCUAAAGUCUCCUAUUUGGAUAUACAGGAGUGAUUCAUGUCAACACACAUGAAAGUCAUCAAAGACUUGGUGCCCAGAGCUUUUACUGGCAAUAGGUCAUGGAGGAACCUUCCUAGCACAAGGCAAAAUUCAAGAUUCCCCACAGCAGGCAUUCAACAUAAGCCAUAUUGCUUCAGAAACAGUUUAGGAGCAGUGCACCAGUCUUAACAGUUUCUGGUGGGAGCCCACUGUAAGUUGAAGUUCCUAGGUGCCAGCCAAGGGCCAGCAUUGCAAGCAGGCCUUUUCAAGGAUAGCAGUUCAGGCUUGGUAUGUUAACUCUUAUGUGUGCAAAAAACUGUAGAGCUAAUGCUUUGGAUGCAAGAUGAAUGAGGUGUGGGUAGAUUUAGAUUUACUUAGUCCUGUUGUACGGGUUCUGCCCUACCAGGAAAAGUAUGCCAGUUCUCAGGGCUUUUGAGAAUUAAUCUGCUAGGCAUGAGAGGCCAUGGCUAAAUUCCAUGGGGAUUUACCAUGCGGAUUCCACUGUACUUGAGAUGGAGUUCAGGUUUCAGCUCCUGGUAUAUACUGCAAACUAGAACCAAAGAUUUCAGUGUACGUAUUUGCCUCAGAGUGAUGAGGCUCCUUCCUUCCUUCCUUCCUUCCUUCCUUCCUUCCUUCCUUCCUUCCUUCUUCCUUCCUUUUUCCUCUUUCUUUCCCUUCCUUCCUCCUUUUUCUUUGUUGCCGAUACAUUCCCUUUUAAUCACUUUUUCUCCCUCUCCUGAGAUAUGGUCUUGCUUGCAUAGCUCAGGCUAGCAUUGAACUCUAUCCUUCCUUCUUAAGUCUCAGUGCUAGGAUUACACUCUUGUGCCACCAUGCCUGGCUCUAAUGUAGGGCUUUAAUGAAAAAAAAAAAGUAUUAUUUGUUUAUUUGGUAUUUUUACCGUUAUUUAGAUCAAUGGUGAUUGGCUAAAUUCGGUUGGUUAGCCAGGAAAAGGUGCUACUGAAGCAAGGUUGUAAAGGUCAGCAAGUAGUGUCCGCUCAUUCUAUAGUCACUGGUAACACUGACCCAGUGAGUGACCUUGUGAUCGAUGGUAUUGGCCACAGAAACUAGUCGUGGGGGAGAGGCUGGAAACGUGUAGACGUUCUUGCAAAUGGAAAGGCACUUUAACUGUGGACCUUUAAGGUGGCUGUUAGCUCUUGGACUUUCCUUUUUGUUUUUUGGAAAGACAACACCAUGCCCCCCCCCCCCCGCCUUUUUUUGUGAUUUGUGUCCCAGAUAUGUUCAUGUGUUCCUUUCCAGCAAAACUGUGGGCAGAAUUGGAAACUGGGGAGUGCUGAUUUCAGCAAAAGUGUCGUCAAAAAGAGUAACUUGGCACACAAGCAGAAAGGAAAUAAAAAACAAAACUGACUUUUUAUUUUGGCACCGUGCAACCUGCUCCAGACCAGACAAGUGAGCAGGCUUAAUCUAAUACUGGUUCUUUUCCCCCUUACCCCUCAGAAGUAAAGAUUGUAGAUCUUUCUGUUUGAGGCAAACUCCAGGGAAUGUCUGCAGGUUUUAUAUUUAUUUUUUGAUAACAAGACACCUGAACAAGUGAUAAGGGGGGGGGGGAAUUCCUCAUCUCCGCUUUUCUUGAUGUUCUAACUAGUAACUAUGAAGACAGCUCUCUCAGAGAUCAAUGUGAAGAUGACUCAGCAGUUAAGAGGUCGCCUGUUUUUUACAACCCAGGUAAAUGAAGGGCACAUUGGCCUGUGAUGUGUCCCCAGACAAAAGGAAAUACUUGCAUUUGAAUUACUGCGCAGUCAAAACUGAUAUGCUCAAGAAGGAUUUAUAUUUCAAUACAAUUUGUACUAAAUUUUAUAAAAAAAUAAAGUAACUUUUUUAUAAA